UUACACUGGGCCCUGAUGACGUCACAGGUCCGUUUAGAUCUUUCCGGAUCUUGGACCUGUCGCAAUCAGGUCCAUUGGGAAAGCCCACUGGCAGCCUCAUGCACUCAUCUUUCCUUUUUUCCUCCAUAUAAACCUCUGCAUUUCCUCCAUUUCCUCCGAUCUUACCAUAACAAAAAGUUCCUUCUCUCUUUCGCCCUCACUCUCACUUUUUUUUUUUUUUUUUCUGUCUUCCCUUUCUCUCUCCUUUCACCCUCUUCAAAGAUGGAACCGAAAGACGGGUUUGUUGUUGAAGGUCCCCAUAAGGGUUUUCUCAUCAUGCACGUGACUAGCAGCAAGGUAGCCAUGGUCAACCCUCUGAGAAUUGGGAGAUGUGACCAAAAAGAAGCCAUUAGUGGCUCUGAAAUUGGAGCUGACAAUUCUCCUGGAUUGGUGGCAGCAGCAGCAGGAGCUUCACUCUAAUCUGGUGCUAUCCUAUCUGAGCUUUUACUACCUUCUUUCUUCUUCCUUCUUCGUCACACUUUUUUUGUUUUUUCUUGGACUCUUCUUGACCUUGUAAGGCCUUUUCUUGACCUUGUAAGACCUCACACCCUAUCUAUUUUCUUUGUUUUUGCUUAUAUGGAAAACUCUAUAUCACAAACCACUGAUAUAGAGUUUGAUCUCCUCCUUUCCCCGUUGCCACCCAAUUCAUCCUCUCCUUCCUUCUCUAUCCCUCCUGAGCUGUUACAUUUUUUGCCUACCAAGAUGCAACAACUAAUAUCAUGUCAUGGCUUCAAAGAACCUCGCUAAAUGGGGGUUCUUCAAAUCUGCUAGCUAUUCGGAGACCAUGGUUUCCAGAAGUACAAUCUGGGUAUAUUUUAUUUUGUUGUUCUUUUACCUGUGAGAAAUCAAUGUAGCUUGUAGUUUGUGCAGCUGCUAGCAUACUUGGUCGUGGUCCUUAUCUUAAUGAUUUGAUUUUUUUCUUUUAUGCAAAAUAAGUAAGAUAAAUGUCAUGAGUGAGCUCAAUUUGGCACUACAUGUGUCCUAGGCUGCUAGAGCCCCCAUCUCUCCAUCCAAUACAGAGAACUGAAAGACAUUAAAGUCA